AUGACCGACUUGAACAAUAAUACUGCCAAGGGUGCUGUGGUGCCUCCUCCUCCUUCGGCCGCUGAUAUUGCUGCUGCCAAUGCGUCUAUUCCCGAUGUUCCUUUUGAACCCAAGAACUUUCUCGCCAAAUUCCGUCUUGAUGGUAAAGUUGCCGUUGUCACUGGAGGUGCCCGUGGUCUUGGUUUUUCCAUGGCCGAGGGUCUUUGUUCCGUGGGUUUGAAGGGAAUUGCCAUUCUCGAUGUUCAGACCGAUCUUGGUCUCGACGCUAUUAAGAAGCUCCAUGGAGCUUAUGGUGUUCAAGCUCAAUUCUAUAAAGUAGAUGUUCGUGACGAGACUGCUGUCAACGAUAUUAUGGACUCGAUUGCCCGUGAUUUGGGUGCUAUUGACAUUGUCGUCAACUCUGCUGGUGUUGCUGACCUCGUUCAUGCUGAGGAGUAUCCUUCCGAGAAGUUCAGAAGAGUCAUUGAUAUCAAUCUCAACGGUUCGUUCCUGGUCACUCAAGCCGCUGCUAAGCACAUGAUUGCUCAAGGCAGAGGUGGUACUAUUAUCUUCAUUGCCUCGAUGUCUGGUUCUAUUGUCAACUGGCCCCAACCACAAUCUGCUUACAACGCAUCCAAGGCCGCUGUCAAGCACCUCAUGAAGUCGCUGGCUGCCGAAUGGGCCGUGCACCGCAUCCGUUGUAACUCGAUCUCUCCCGGAUACAUGGACACUGCCCUCAACCGUUCGUACACCACUCUUUUCAACGAGUGGAAGGACCGCACCCCAUUGGGCCGUCUCGGCGAUCCCGACGAGCUCACUGGCGCCUGCAUCUGGCUCGCUUCCGAGUCAUCGGCCUUCUGUACGGGCUCCGACAUUGUCAUCGACGGUGGUUACACUGUCUUGUAA